AACUUCGACUUAGUGACGUCGAGAACAUUCUAAAACACGGUUCUAAAUUUAACGCAAUAACUUCGUGCAGACAGAAGUGACAUUUGUACACGAUGCACACGCUGGCCAUCCCAGCUCUCCUCAUCUCGCUCCUCCUCCCCCUAACAGUGUUUUGUGAAAAUUGUGAAAAGCCCUACAAUGUGGAGAUUCUAGUGAGCGAUGACGUGAACGGAGAUAUCAAGAAUUUGACGGCUCAAGGUGCCAUCACCCUGCACCAGGAUGUGUUUCAGGUCCUGGUGGCGAACCAGACGAUCAAGAAGCUGUGCCAGAACUAUGUCAUCAUCAACAACGAGCUCACGGUGCUGCAACUUCUCAACAACAGCAUCGAAGACAUAUCGCCUUCAGCCUUCAACAUCAGCGCCACCCUUGCCCUGCUCAAGAUAUCUGAAAACCCUUUGAACACCAUCAAAAAAGGAGUUUUUAACGAGGUUAGAACCAAGGAGUUGGACCUCUCCUACAACAACAUAGCAGUCAUUGAAGCUGACGCCUUGGAGAACAACACCUACCUGGAGAUCAUUAAGCUCAACCACAACUUCAUCAAAGAGUUCGAUCCUAACUGGUUUACCAAAACCCCUAAUGUUUACAAGAUCAGUGCUAUCUAUAACGAGAUGACCAAAAUUCCAGCCUAUGCAUUUGUUAACAUGACCAAGUCGAGACCUUUAAAGAUACGCCUAUCAGCCAAUAGGAUCGAAGAGAUCGACCCAAUGGCUUUAGAAGGUGCAGGUAUCAUUGACAUGCUCAAAUUAGGUGGAAACAGGAUCAGAGAACUGCCUGGACAACUCUUCGUCAAUAAAACCAUAAAAAGCCUUCAGGUUGACACCAACAAGCUCCAAUGCUUCCCUGAAGAAUUCUUCAACAGCACCCUGACUGAGUUGACGUUCGAAGAUAACACUUCUUUCGAUUGUGCUUGUCUGAUAAGGGUGAAGAAUUUCGUCGAAGAUAGGAAUGUGACAGUCGUAUAUCCUGCCAUCAUUUGUGAGGACAAAUCCAAAGGAGUACAGAUCGUUUUCAACAAAGAUAAGACUUUUAAAAUUCCAAUCAUUAAACCUUCUACAGUUUAGAUAGAGACACUUAUCAGUAUAUGAGACGCUUAAUUUUAAUUUUAUUCAUCUUGUUAUUUAUUGAAUCAGUUCAUCCUCAUUUACAUUUUCAAUUUUGAGCUGUAAAAAAUAAAUCAUUCUCAUCA